AACUUCAAUCUCUAAAUUACCAAUAUUACAAAAUGGUUUCUUCACACGUUAUAAGAUCUUUUCUUCUUCUUUUCGUUGUUUAUGUUUAUCUUUAUCGCACGAGUUUCUCAAACACAGAACCAGAAGCUAAUAUUACGAUCGAUGUGAGGCAAGCUCAGAAGCUUCUUGAUUCUGGCUACACUUUUCUUGAUGUCAGAACUGUUGAAGAAUUCGAGAAAGGCCAUGUUGAUUCAGAGAAAGUCUUCAAUGUUCCAUACUGGUUAUAUACACCACAUGGUCAAGUGAUUAACCCUAAUUUUUUGAAACAUGUUUCAUCUGUCUGCAACCAAACCGAUCGUCUCGUCGUGGGUUGUAAAUCUGGAGUUAGAUCACUGUAUGCUACCAAAGUUCUUGUCUCUUCUGGCUUCAAGACUGUAAAAAACAUGGACGGUGGUUACAUUGCUUGGGUCAACAAGAGUUUUCCAGUUAUAGUGGAACACAAGCAACUCAAAUACGAUGAGCUCUGAUUCAUAAUAUCCAACUAUAACCAUGUUAAUGUAUUAUAGAUUAUAAAAGGGAAUGUGUAAAUGUAUUCACUUAUUAUUGCUAUAAAACACAUUAUAUUUUGGGUCGUGAA